CAAAAUGAUAGACAAACUAAUCGAGGCGGUUAAAGCCAUAAAAGAAAACCCUUCUGUUGAAGAAAAUAUGAACAAAGAAGAUUCAAAAAUAUCAACAGAGGAAGCUCUUGGUAAUUUAUUUCCAAGCAUAAGUGCUGCUUCAUCUAGUCGUCAAAGUGAAUUAACUUAUGGAUAUAAUCCAAAAGCUAACUACGUACCAAAGAAAGGCUUUGAACGAUAUGGCUCCUCUUCAUCUUCAUCAUGUAGUCAUACAAAAAGAAAACCAACUGAAGUAAAGUUGAAGUACCUGCUCAAGGACUUUAUUUUACUACCAGGUCCCCAGGUGGAGACUGUGCCCCGAGGUCGUUUUAGGGAGUACCUUUAUGCAAAUGGUUUUGCUGAGUCAGCCGUGGCAGUCGAUGAUGAAAUGUCUGAGGAUGAAGUCAGGAGUAAAAUAUCGUGCCUUUUUAAAGAGAAACUUGCUAGGUUAACUACUCAUGAAAACAAUUUUGAGUUUGUUCGAGCGAUUGGCAAUCAAAUAGUUAAAGUAAAUAAUGGGCCUUUCACGGGAAAACUUUUGAAGCAUAUUUCCAAACAGGGACCAGUUUAUCUUAGAACACUGGUGGCAGUACCAGGUGCUGGUUUAAAAGGAUGGAGAGCUGACAAAAGUGAAGACUCAAGUGAUGAUGAUUUCUUAAUGUCACCAACAUUUGAAAUGAAAAAUGACAUAAAGUCAGAUGUUAAGCAAUCUAUGCCUCCACGUAUUGAAGUCAUAGACUGUGACAAAGAAGAUAAUGAUGGGAAACAAGAGCAAAUUGAUUCGAAAACAUCUUUGGCUCAAUCACAUUUCAUAGCAUCUGGGAGUAGAUCGUAUGGCAAAUAUUCGGAAAUAGUGAAUGACAAAGAAGAGGAAGACAUGCAAUAUGCGCUUCAAGUUUCUUUGGAAGAAAGUCAAAACAUAGAAAGCAGGCCAUUAAAAAUAGAUGUUAAGAAGCUGUUACAGCAGCACAGCAUCAUUUGUAUGAAAAGCAAUUCACCAAAUGAAAUUAUUGUAAGGCGAAGCAAACUUCUGGCAACUGCAUUUGUUGCCAUGAAAUCAAAAAGGUUUGAUUGCUAUGAAGAUUUGAUAAUUCAGUUCAGUGGAGAAGAUGCAAUAGAUGCUGGAGUGCCACGGAGAGAAUUUUUCAGACUAGCCAGGCAGGAAAUCGUUCAAUCUUCAGGUCUCUUUGAAGGAUACAAUGGAUGUAAUCUGAUUUUUACUCACAAUGUGAAACUUCUUCAAGAAAAGCAGUAUUGGUUAGCAGGUCGCUUGGUUGGCAUUUCAUUGAUGCAAGGUGGCCCCGGCUUUGGAUGUCUUAAUUCUACUGUGUAUGAUUUAAUGUGUGAAGCACCAUGUGAUGUAAAUGACUUUGAUGUUUCACUCAUACCAGAUUAUGAAAAAGCAGCUAUGCUCUCAAAGCUGAAGUAAUUGGAAACACAAGAAGAGUUCAUUUCAUUUGUCAAAGAAAAUGCUGACAGUAUAGCCAGCCAAGGAUAUCCGUCAAUAUACUUUGCAAGCUUUGAGCAAAGGGAUAUCAUUAUGAAGUCGCUGGUUAAGCAGCACAUAUUUUACAGAGUGUUUUCUGAAAUUGAGCAAUUUAAAAUGGGAAUAAAUGAUGUCGGAGGUCUUUGGGACACAAUCAAGAUACAUUCUGAUGAAUUCAAACAUUUGUUCACAGAGAUUCCAAAGAAAUUUUCUAGAGAAUCAUUCAAAGCCAUAUGCGAAAUUGAGUGGAGUCAUAAGGUAGUAAUAACAGAAUAAAAGAAGAUGAAACAAUAUAUUGUUGGGAAAUCUUUUUGAAAAAAAUUGAAGACAAUGAGAUGUUCCACCAGACUGAAGAAAAAUCAAUAAUUGUUCAUUUUGAGCAUUUGUUACAGUUUACGACUGGUUCAGAGUCCAUCCCACCAACUGGAUUUGAAAAUUCCUUAACAAUAACAUUUUGUAAUCAAGAAGAUGGGCAAACUAGGUAUCCAUAUUCUUCCACUUGUGCCAUGUCACUUGCACUACCAAGAGGACAUGAAGACCCAACUAUGUUUGAGGAACUUCUUCUAAGAUCUCUAUUUGACUCAUGCAGAUUUUAUAAAAUUUGACAUUGCUUUGAUACUCAAACAUUUCGACUUGUUUUAGCACUGUUCUUGUUAAAAGUUAAGGAACUAAGAUUUGUUAUGUUCGCUAAAUUGGUUUCCAAACAGGAUUAGUUAAAUAUUUGCAUACUUUUUACUAUGAUAAGUUAUGUUUUGUGUUGAUAUUGCUGAAGUGAUUGACCUUAUUAUGUUAUAAUUCAAUCGUUGCAAAGAAAAAAACUAUUUACUGCCGUCUGUCUAA